UCGCCCAUGUUUGAUGGCAAAGUCCCUCACUGGCAUCACUACAGCUGCUUCUGGAAGCGGGCUCGAAUUGUGUCCCAUACGGACAUCGAUGGCUUCCCUGAGCUCCGAUGGGAAGAUCAGGAGAAAAUCAAGAAAGCCAUUGAAACUGGAGGACCUGGAGGAGGAAAAGGAGGGGACCAGGAAGUAGGUGGCAAGGCUGAGAAAAGCCUAAACGACUUUGCUGCAGAAUAUGCCAAGUCUAACAGAAGUACUUGCAAAGGCUGCGAACAGAAAAUAGAAAAGGGCCAGAUCCGAAUUUCCAAGAAGAUGGUGCAUCCUGAAAAGCCGCAGCUGGGAAUGAUAGAUAACUGGUACCACCCGGACUGUUUUGUGAGCCGCCGAGCAGAGUUGGGCUUCCUCCCGACGUACGGGGCCGCUCAGCUCUUGGGCUUCGGGAUCUUGAAAGCUGAAGAUAAAGAAACUCUGAAGAAGCAGCUUCCAGCUACCAAGAGCGAAGGAAAGAGAAAAGGAGAAGAGGUAGAUGGAAAUGCAACUGCGAAAAAGAAACAGAAAAAAGAAAAAGAGAAAGAAUCAAAGCAGGAGAAACUGCUGAAGGAGCAGACGGAGCUGAUCUGGGGCAUCAAGGAUGAGCUGAGGAAGGUCUGCUCCACUAACGACCUGAAAGAGCUGCUGAUCGCCAACAAGCAGGAAGUGCCGUCUGGGGAGAAUGCUAUUUUGGACCGAGUAGCAGAUGGGAUGGCAUUUGGAGCUCUGCUUCCCUGCGAAGAGUGUAAGGGGCAGUUUGUCUUCAAGAGUGAUGCAUAUUACUGUUCAGGGGAUAUUACUGCCUGGACUAAGUGUGUUGCUAAAACACAGACACCCAACAGGAAAGACUGGAUAAUCCCAAAGGAGUUCCGGGAAAUCCCCUAUCUCAAGAAAUUUAAGUGUAAAAAGCAGGACAGGGUAUUCCCUCCAGAGGCUGCAACUAUGAACUCUGUGCCUCCUCCGUCUGCGUCUGCUCCUUUGACAGAAACCGUGUCCACACCCAGAGAUAAACCACUGACCAACAUGAAGAUCUUGGUUCUCGGAAAGCUGUCCAAAAACAAGGAGGAGGUGAAGAGCAUUGUGGAGGACCUGGGAGGAAAGAUGACGGGAAGCGCUAACAAGGCCACCCUGUGCAUCAGCACACCAAAAGAUAUAGAGAAAAUGAACAAGAAGAUGGAAGAAGUGAAGGAAGCCAAAGUCCGCGUGGUCUCAGAGGAGUUUCUUCAGGAUGUGAAAUCUUCCAGCAAGGGCUUUCAGGAGCUUCUCUCUCUCCAUGCGCUUUCGCCCUGGGGUGCAGAGGUGAAAAUGGAGCACCAGGAGGUCUCUGUAGAUGGGAGGUGCAGCAAACCCUCAAAUACAAAGAGUGCUGGGAAAGUCAAAGAAGAACAAGGUCCCAGCAAGUCUGAAAAGAAAAUGAAGCUAACGGUUAAAGGCGGAGCGGCAGUAGAUCCUGAUUCUGGUUUGGAGGAUUCUGCUCAUGUCUUUGAAAAAGGUGGAAAGAUUUUCAGUGCAACCCUUGGGCUAGUAGAUAUUGUGAAAGGAACAAAUUCCUAUUAUAAACUUCAACUGCUAGAGGAUGACAGGGAGAGCAGAUACUGGGUGUUCAGAUCUUGGGGUCGCGUGGGCACUGUGAUCGGGAGUAACAAGCUGGAGCAGAUGCCAUCAAAAGAGGACGCUGUUGAGCACUUUCUGAAUUUGUACGAAGAGAAAACUGGCAAUUCUUGGCAUUCAAAGAACUUCACUAAAUAUCCAAAAAAAUUUUACCCACUGGAAAUUGAUUAUGGACAGGACGAAGAAGCUGUGAGGAAACUGACAGUGGGUGCUGGGACUAAAUCCAAACUUGCUAAGCCGAUCCAGGAGCUUAUUAAGAUGAUCUUUGAUGUGGAGAGCAUGAAGAAAGCGAUGGUGGAAUUUGAGAUUGACCUCCAAAAGAUGCCGCUGGGGAAACUGAGCAAGCGACAGAUUCAGAGCGCGUACUCCAUCCUUAAUGAGGUUCAGCAGGCAGUUUCUGACAGUGGUUCUGAAUCCCAGAUCUUGGACCUCUCCAACCGCUUCUAUACACUGAUUCCUCAUGACUUUGGGAUGAAGAAACCACCUCUCCUAAAUAAUUUAGAAUACAUUCAGGCUAAAGUGCAGAUGCUGGACAACCUGCUUGAUAUUGAGGUUGCCUACAGCCUUCUCAGAGGUGGAAAUGAAGAUGGAGAUAAAGACCCAAUUGACAUCAACUACGAAAAGCUCCGAACUGAUAUUAAGGUUGUUGACAAAGAUUCAGAAGAAGCCAAGAUUAUAAAACAAUAUGUGAAAAAUACUCAUGCUGCUACUCACAAUGCAUAUGACCUCAAAGUUGUGGAUAUCUUCAGGAUUGAGCGUGAAGGAGAGAGUCAGCGGUACAAGCCAUUUAAGCAGCUUCAUAAUCGCCAACUGCUGUGGCACGGUUCCCGAACUACCAACUUUGCUGGUAUCCUCUCGCAGGGUCUCCGGAUAGCUCCCCCUGAAGCUCCUGUGACCGGCUACAUGUUUGGAAAGGGCAUCUAUUUUGCAGACAUGGUAUCCAAGAGUGCCAAUUACUGUCACACAUCUCAAGCUGAUCCCAUAGGCCUAAUACUACUGGGAGAAGUUGCCCUUGGAAAUAUGUACGAGCUAAAGAAUGCUUCUCACAUAACGAAGUUGCCGAAGGGAAAACACAGUGUGAAAGGCUUGGGCAAAACUGCACCUGAUCCUACAGCCACUACCACCCUUGAUGGUGUAGACGUUCCCUUAGGGAACGGGAUUUCCACUGGAAUUAAUGAUACCUGUCUUCUGUAUAACGAAUAUAUCGUGUAUGAUGUUGCUCAGGUAAAUCUGAAGUACCUGCUGAAACUGAAAUUCAACUAUAAGACAUCACUCUGGUGAACAAUAUUUAGAAGCCCUGUUAGAGUUAUACUGUAGUUACACUAUAGCGUUGACUUCUGACAUGCUUAAGCAUUGACUUCUCUUAUCAAGAUAUCAAAAGAGCUAAACUGCAGAAGAGGUUACUAAAUCCUGUUUAGUACAACACUUAGUAAAAGUUUUAUAUAAAUGUGUGGCAACACAUGGAACUGAAUUCUGAUGCGAAUGAGUACCUGGUUUUGUUUUAUACCACUUCUAGUUUUGGGGCUAUCAAGUGUUUCUUUUAAUUGACCAAACUGACCAAAAAACUCCGAGCUUGUGUUUUUAGCCAAACAGAGGUGGGCAGUAGUAGAAGGAACUUGAGGAUGUUCACAGAUGCUUGCUCUGUUAUGGUUCCCUCUUGUUUAAAAUACCCUUUUUCAGUUUUCAUUUUGAAUAAAUGUUAAAUGUGCAUUUAUUUUGAGGUAAAAAUAAAAGCUAAUUUCAUACUAACAGCUUUAUGUUUCAAAACUUGCAAAUUGUUUUGGUUUUAAGUCAUGAUUUAAAUGUAUUUGGAGAAAUGUUUUUAAACAUGCCAUCUCUUUCUGAAGACUAAACGCCAAACGUUACAAUCAGUAGUCACAUUUCAGCAAGUCAUGGUGAAAUGAGAACUUGGACUUUCCACUGAGACUUCAUCUGUCAACAGCUGGUGUGGUAAACCUGGAAAAUGAACUUGUGGCUGUUCGAAUUUAGUGUUAGCCCCAAUAAACCUCCUUUAAAUAGCUACUUUCAAUGUGAUGUAAGUUGGUUGUUGUAGAUCAAAGUCUUAACAGAGCCGUAAGUCGAGCUUUGGCAGAACAGGACAAGCUUUGCUUGCUUACUGACUUGACGUGAGGUGUGUUGCCACUCUGUAGGGUGGUCUUGAACACUCUCUUGAAAUGGCAAUGGAGACUAAUUUAAAAGUGUCCUGACGUGUGUUAUUUUUCCUCUUGAACUAACUCACUUGCGAUAAGCCGUCGAGCAAUAUGGGAAGACUUGACUAUAGAGUGACCUAACUUCUCUCUUUCCAAAAUUAUUUCCCUGAACCACACUCCCCUUCCUCUAGUUGCGGAGGACAAAUUGACUAAUCCCCAGGGACAGUUCUGUGCGGGCAGUGCAUUCAGUCUCGGCUCUACUAUGAAAGCUCUCAUCCUAAGAAGGGGACUAUUUGAGCUCAUACUGACUACUGCAGCCUCAGUCUUUGCUAACCUGUGUGCAAAGAGCCGAUCUGUUUUCUAAAAUGUUGUGAUGACCCAGUGCCUUUUGAAAGAGGAGUUCCAAACCAAAGCUGUUGCUUACGGUGCAGCUGUUUCCAGGACCCCUGAAGGAGAGGAAGAUGAGGAGUGGCGGAUGGAAAACAAAGUUGCUGUCUGGGAGAGAAGGAAACCUGGAAGGACCAGGUAGGUUGUAUGACUUUAGGACAGUUGAACGUAAGAGAAUCAAAUGAGGCUGAUGCUUGUGGAUAUGAGAGAAAGUGAAAAGAGUGGCCUUUUUUCUGGUGGCUCUUCAGUAGAGUUUAACCAGUGACUAAUCAUUACUUCACUUCCAACAGAAAGUUGUCUUGUUCAAGCAUUUAAGAAUUGAAUGUAAUUUUGUCAGUCUCUGGAAAAGAACAGGAGACCUGGUUCGGUUUAAUUGUGAAAUAGCAUUUCUCUUUACCCCUCAAAAAACAGGUUGCAGUUCAAUUUGGGACCAGGAAUUAAAGGUAGAUUCUUUUCCAGCAAAUGCAGCAGUAAAAGAUACACUGGGAUAGGACUUUCUGAAGAGGCAGUCGGUGCCCUUUGGGGACUGUAGGAAAGCCCUGGUAUGCCUGUCCCACUGUGAAGCCUGGUGCUUGUUCCCUGUGCCAGGCAGCUUAAUGUAAAUUCAGGGUGCUGCACCUCCUGCCAGCUUGUCUGACUGCCACUCCGGCUCCUAGUGAAAGCAGACACUGCUACUGUGAACGGGCGUACAAACAGCCUCUCCCCAGGGCUAGGCUGAGAAGAGCAGCACAGUAAAAACGACUGAAGGCACUGUCUUCGGAAAAUAUGCCCAGAGCAGAGCUGGUUGACAAGAUAUUCCCAUUUCUGUCAAAGCUACUUCAAAAGAAUGAGUUGUUCAGGGCAUCCGGUCCCAUGACUUACUCUGAGUUUCUGGAGGAGGGAUGUUGAGGAAUGACUUCUGAUCUAAACUCACUUAGGAAAAAAAAAAAAA